AUGUCUUUCUUCGUCCAGAAACGACGCGCAUACACGCACGCUAUCAUGGAAAACGCCACAGAACCCAAGUGGUACACUGAGUUCCGGGCAAAGCUGAACUCGGACCCCAACACCGCCGAAGACCACACACUGUACAUCGGCCAGCCGGCCAAUACCCCCCGGGGCAUAAACCCAACGACGCAGUACACCGUCAUCCUCCACGGCAAGAACAGCAAGUCAUGCCACUCGUGGUAUCUGGAUCACCCCACUGGAAAUGCACAUGAUCUUCACCUCGGACCAUUUGCCCUCGUGCAUACGGUCCACCCCGCCCCGGCCGAGGGAUCCAGCUGCCCCUGUGCGCAGCUCCAGACUGUGCGGGUUGGACAGGUGGACGCUGUAGACUACGAGAAGUUUGUGGCGAUUAUCGCGUCGCUGGAUCCGUCGCUUGCUAGCCACGCGUUUGUUUCGGAUGUGCUUCAAUUCGGCCGCGCGGCUGACAUUCUGUAUAACCACCAAGUUAUCUGUGCCUUCAAGGCGCUGUUUGGAGUUGGCCCGUCACCUAAGUAA